CACUCCGCUCGUAUCUGGAGAGUGCGGACACAGGGAUAUGCCAGGGAUGUCAUCUAGGAUCUCCUUCUCUCAAUACCGACUAGAGGCGGAGAUUGAUCGUUACCGAGGAGAAUGUCAGUGGGACAAGAUACCGUUUCUUGUGGAACAGCUCGCGGCAGCAAAAUUCCAUGAGAAUGAUGACUAUGGUACAUUGCUGUUGGCUGAGUCUCUACUGGAGGAGUGUCUGCUGGAGAACAUGGCCCUACUGCAGAGCUCCACUCCCCUGAGCGAACACUCUCAGCCCAAGCUGGGCCAGGCCAAAGCUCACCUCAACAGCCUCCUCAGCAGAGGACGACUGGAGCCCAGGUAUCUGAACGAGGCUCUUCUCUUGCUCGCCAAAGUCCACUACGUUCAGGGUCAUUUCCGCGACGCUCAGGGCAUGUGCGCCAGAGCCGGCGUGGAGGAGUUCACACGAGACGAACAGCCUCUGUAUCAGCUGCGUCUCCUGGCCGAGGCUUACGUCAUCAAAGGUUUGUCUCUGGACCAUCAGACAGUAUCUGGUGCAUCUCGUGUCCGUCUCUCUGAAAGGGAAGAAGAGUGUCUGUCCUGCUACCUCAGAGCCUGUGACACAGCACUGCUUUACCUGCAAGAGCUGGACAAGACCGUGAGUACUCCAAGCGCCAAGGCAUCCAAAACCAGUGUGUUGGCUUCUCCAGUAGAUGUAGAUCCAGGCUACUUCCUGCAGGCAGCUCUCCAGAGCGCGUACCUGUCUCUCCUUCGCAAAGGUCACUUGGCUCAGGGAACUCACCAGCUGCGACGAGUCAUGAGGGUGGUUGAGUGUCGGGGGUCUCAGAGCUUUCGUAAGGCUGUGGCACGGAGGCUAGCUGAAGUAUUACUCAGCUCGGUGAGUGAGGACAGCUACUGGAGUCCGCUGUGUCCUCCACCUCCCGCUUGGCUGCAAAGAGAAGGAGCUACCCACCCUAAAGAUGCAAUCUACCCCUCCUCCAGACCACCCCAGCGUUACCACACCGAAGGCGCCUUCUGUCCUCAGGACGUGGUGGAGGAGGCCGUGCUGCUACUGCUAAUCACUGAGUCAAUGGCCAGCGGGGAGGCCGUGAUCAGCCGAACCCCGGAGCACAAGGAGGCCCGGGAGGCCAGCAUCCAGGAUGCAUCCUCCGUCUAUGACCUGCUAAGCAUUGGCAUGGCCAGGAGGGGGCAGUACGCCAUGCUGUCUGAGUGUCUGGAGCGAGCAAUGAAGUUCUCUUUCAACGAGUUUCACCUCUGGUACCAGCUGGGCUUGUCACUCAUGGCAUGUGGGAAGAGUGAAGGUGCAGUGUCGGUAUUUAAAGAAUGCGCCCGAAUGAGACCUCAGGAUCCCACGCCACCCCUACUGGCAGCCAAAGUCUGUAUCAACCAGCUACACUGGCUGGAGGAGGCAGAGGCCCUUGCUGAGAGUGUGAUUACUUUGGGAGAUGAGGCUGGGGAGUCUCUAUCCAGAGCAGUUCUGGCCAAAGGACUCUGCUAUAGUCUUCAGGCAUCAGACGCAACUCUGAAAGGUGAACAGGACGAGCUGAACAGAAAAGCUUUACAGGCAUUACAGAAAGCACAUGCACUGGAUCCCCAGGACCCUCAAAUCGCCUUCUAUCUUGCACUUCAACUUGCCCUUGUGCGACAGGUGUCUGCGGCCAUGGAGCCCCUGCAGCUGGCUCUGUCUCUGCGUAGCGAUGAUCUGCACUCCCUUCAUCUACUGGCCCUGUUAUUCAGCGCUCAGAAACACAACCAGCAUGCCUUGGAUACCCUCACACUGGCCAUUAACCAGUACCCAGAGAACUUCAAUCUGCUGUUCACUAAGGUAAAGCUGGAGGAGGCAUUGUUUGGGCCUAGUGUGGCACUGCAGACCUGUGAGGACAUGCUACAGCUAUGGCAAAGCCGCUACGACUAUGUCCGCUCUGGUGAGGGAGAUGAUAGUAGCAGUUUACCUCCUGAGUCAGGAACAAUGAGCCGGAAACCCAGUGGCAUCCACCUGACCCUGCCAGACUUCCAGGAAACUGACACAGGUUCUCAGAGUGCUCCUUCCGUGGCUGCGUCUCGCCUGGAACAGGCCAUGUCGGAAGUGUCAGCCAUUAGCUCCGCCCACCGACAAGGCCCCGCCUACAUUUGGACCACGCUGGAGCGCGUCUGGCUGCAAGCAGGGGAGCUGUUUAUGGAGGAUGGGCGAGUGAAGGAGGCUCAGUUCUGUGUGCAAGAAGCAGGAACACUCUUCCCCACCUCCCAUUCUGUACUGUUGUUAAAGGGACGUUUGGCUGAAAUGACAGGCCACGACAGUGAAGCCAAGAGUCUCUAUGAUGAAGCCCUGGCUAUUAACCCCAGAGGACAUCACAUACUGCUUCAUCUGGGGAAGCUGCUGGUGCGGACUGGGCGGGUGGCCCUGGGUGAGAAGGUUUUACGGGACGCCGUGCAGUCUCACAGCACGGCCCAUGAGGCUUGGAGCGGCCUGGGGGAGGCGCUACAGAGCAGGGGAAGCAGUCAAGCGCCAGACUGUUUCCUCACCGCCCUAGAACUGGAGGCCAGUUGUCCCAUAAGGCCUUUCACCAUCAUCCCCCGAGAGCUAUGAACAACUGACUCACCCUCACCUGAGAGACACGCGAGAAUGUUUCAUCCCUAAAUACCCACACUGUGACAAACGUACACACAGACACACACACACACACACAAACAGGCUUGUUGAGUGUAGUUGGGUCUCUCUUAUAAUGAUCUGUGUAUGAGAACAUUUCUUUUUCAUCUCUAUGCAUACGUACGUCCCUUUAGUAUCUGUACGUUGUAGUUGACAAACACAGGCCCAAGUCAAUGUCCCUUUGAUACAAACUGAUAAAAGUACAGUUGUGAACGUUAGAAACACCAGCAAAAAACACAGUAAGUCAGCCUCCGUUUCUCAUGUGUCAACCCAUUUCUCAUUCUCUCAUAUGCAGUAACAAUGUCUUGACAGGAAAGCCAAUGAGUAUUAAACUCAGUGAGAAAAACACACACACACACACACGCACACACACGCACGCACAUACGCCAACACACACUGAGAUCAUCUAUAUUUAAAGUGUUCCACUGUGCCGGUUUGAAACUGACUGUACCGGUUUGAAAUGAAACUGUUCCGAUUUUUUAACUGACUUUUUAAACUAUUCUGGUUUUAAAAGACACUGUUCUAAACUGUUCACAAUUUGUUCCAUAAAGAAUGAUUCAGAAA